GUCAGCCGGUCACAUGGAGCCUCUUAUGGCUCGGGAUGGCUCUCGGCGGGCGGGCAGCUGCGGCAGCUGCUGCUGUGGCUCGGGCGGCGGCGGCGCGGCGGCGGCAGAGGGGGCUCCGGGGUCGGACCAUCGGCUCUCCCUGCGCUCUCCGCACCGCGGCUUAAAUGAUGUAUUUUGUGAUCGCAGCGAUGAAAGCUCAAAUUGAAAUUAUUCCUUGCAAGAUCUGUGGAGACAAAUCAUCAGGAAUCCAUUAUGGUGUCAUUACAUGUGAAGGCUGCAAGGGCUUUUUCAGGAGAAGUCAGCAAAGCAAUGCCACCUAUUCCUGUCCUCGUCAGAAGAACUGUUUGAUUGAUCGAACCAGUAGAAACCGCUGCCAACACUGUCGAUUACAGAAAUGCCUUGCCGUAGGGAUGUCUCGAGAUGCUGUAAAAUUUGGCCGAAUGUCAAAAAAGCAGAGAGACAGCUUGUACGCAGAAGUACAGAAACACCGGAUGCAGCAGCAGCAGCGAGACCACCAACAGCAGCCCGGAGAGGCUGAGCCGCUGACUCCGACCUACAACAUCUCGGCCAAUGGGCUGACAGAGCUUCACGAGGACCUCAGCAACUACAUUGACGGGCACACCCCUGAGGGGAGCAAGGCAGACUCUGCUGUCAGCAGCUUCUACCUGGACAUACAGCCUUCCCCAGACCAGUCAGGUCUUGAUAUCAAUGGAAUCAAACCAGAACCAAUCUGUGACUACACACCAGCAUCAGGCUUCUUUCCCUACUGUUCUUUCACCAAUGGAGAGACUUCCCCAACUGUGUCCAUGGCAGAAUUAGAACACCUUGCACAGAAUAUAUCUAAAUCGCAUCUGGAAACCUGCCAAUACUUGAGAGAAGAGCUCCAGCAGAUAACGUGGCAGACCUUUCUGCAGGAGGAAAUAGAGAGCUACCAAAACAAGCAGCGGGAGGUGAUGUGGCAGUUGUGUGCCAUCAAAAUCACGGAGGCUAUACAGUAUGUGGUGGAGUUUGCCAAACGCAUUGAUGGAUUUAUGGAACUGUGUCAAAAUGAUCAAAUUGUGCUUCUCAAAGCAGGUUCUCUAGAGGUGGUGUUUAUCAGAAUGUGCCGUGCCUUCGACUCUCAGAACAACACCGUGUACUUUGAUGGGAAAUAUGCUAGCCCCGAUGUCUUCAAAUCCUUGGGUUGUGAAGACUUUAUUAGCUUUGUGUUUGAAUUUGGAAAGAGUUUAUGUUCUAUGCACCUGACCGAAGAUGAAAUUGCAUUAUUUUCUGCAUUUGUACUAAUGUCAGCAGAUCGCUCAUGGCUACAGGAAAAGGUAAAGAUUGAAAAACUGCAACAGAAAAUUCAGCUAGCUCUUCAACAUGUCCUGCAGAAGAAUCACCGAGAAGAUGGAAUACUAACAAAGUUAAUAUGCAAGGUGUCUACGUUAAGAGCCUUAUGUGGACGACAUACAGAAAAGCUAAUGGCAUUUAAAGCAAUAUACCCAGACAUUGUGCGACUUCAUUUUCCUCCAUUAUACAAGGAGUUGUUCACUUCAGAAUUUGAGCCAGCAAUGCAAAUCGAUGGGUAAAUGUAUCACCUAAGCACUUCUAGAAUGUCUGAAGUACAAACAUGAAAAAUAACAACAACAACAAAUUAACCGAGACACUUUAUAUGGCCCUGCACAGACCUGGAGCGCCAACACACUGCACAUCUUUUGGUGAUCGGGGUCAGGCAAAGGAGGGGAAACAAUGAAAACAAAUAAAAGUUGAACUUGUUUUUCUCAUGCA